AUGACGCUGUCCGCGCAGCGCAAGGAAUCAAAGAGGACGUGGCCGGAUCAUUUCUUAUACGUGGCGGCGAUCGGCGGCGCUAGAGACAGCGCAGACACGCUAGUUGUCAAUGAAAUUGUGAACCACGCAUCUGCAUAUAUCGAGAUCGUUAUCAAAGCCAAGUGCGACCCGAGCCGUAUCGAGCACCUUCGGCACGCUAAGGAACUUGCGCACUUCGCGCAGCUCAUCGAGACGAUCGCCACGUCGAUCGGUAAAGAGGUCGUUGCGGAGCACGUCGAUGCUCCAUCACAGCGGAAGGAAACGCGCAAAUGCGUCAAAGUUGGGCACAUUCAAGCAAAUUGCCGAUCGAGCUUUAGUAAUAGCACCGGCGGUGGCGACGCUGCGCGUUUAAAGGACGAAUACAGCAAGGAAAGGGUAUGUUUCUGGAUCUUACAGAGUGCAGGCCGCGAGCGAGUGGAACACGAGCGGGUCGUAAGAACAAACGGAACGAGUCGUGCAACGCUGUCAAAAACGAUGAGAAUCUAUGAGAAUGUCUGGAUCCUGGAUGGCGAAUAG